AUGAGUGUGUCGACUAGUGAUUCUGGACGGCUGGUGCUACCUGCGGUUGUUAUACAGUACGCGGAUGGGACCAGCCAAAAUCUGAUCAUUGAAGUUGGUCCGGCCAACAGCAACAACACGAACCAAGCUCAAGAAACAUCAGCAAGAUCUCCGGAGCAUACGCAAGAGCAAAACUCUUCAGUUGCGGAUGCAGAUCAACCGUCUGCACCACCUGGCAUCCGUGGGAUUGACUAUCCAGCAUUCGACGUUUCCAACGAAGGGGUUUAUCGUGAACAGCAUAUAGCCAACAAUUUGCUUGAUAAUUUGAUAUCCCCGUUCUAUCGGUCUUUGGACGGAAAUAACUCAGCAUCUCAACAGACCAAUAGUAUCUCGGUGCCGUUCUAUAGAAACUUAACUCCAGCAUCAGAACCAUCCCGGAAUAUCAUUCUCACUGUUAACUACAUCUAUGGCCAACCGAACCCGCUGCAGCCUAGUGAAAAUAACAACAGUCUAUCGGGGUCUCUAAUUCUGCAUGUUCCGAACAUCAAUGAAAGCGAUGACGAAAACCUACAAGUCUUGAUUCGACUCGCAACUACCAUAGCAUUAAGGACCAUUGCGACCUCGGUUAAAAAAGCUUCAGGUAUUUCUUCAGAGCAGUUCGACAAGUUAGAGGUUAAAAAAACCGCUGAUUUGAAGGAUAAACAAUGUGCAAUAUGUUAUGACGAUUAUGAGGACGAAAACCCCGAGGCUAGAAGCCAGAUUGGCCAGAAACGCAAGCGAGCAGAAGAUGAAACCGAUGAUAUGGGGGAGCAUCAACCAAAGAAAAUGCGCAAGAUGGAAAACGAACUCAAACACCAAAGUGCGGCUACAAACAUGGCAAAGAAGGAAGUGGUUUACAAUCAUGUUCCUGUAGAAAUGCCGUGUGGCCAUAUAUUUGGCAGGGGCUGUCUUCGAGAAUGGCUGAAAACCAAUAAUAGCUGUCCGCUUUGCCGACACAGUAUGCUUCACGGCAAUGAGUCGUCUGCUGGCAGAAACUCAGAUUCCGAAAACGAAACUACCAUUAUCCUGCCUAACUUGGCUAGAGUGAUUAGCGAGACCCGACCACUGAUUGAAGGAUUCAACUCGAGACACCUCACUUUUGUCAUGCCCGACCAAGAUAGUGUCGAGUCUACGGGAACAAUUCCUGUUCCUCUACCUACGCCUGUCACGCCACAGGAGUCUAUUGUCUCUCGCUCGUCGCCUACAAACCACACUAGCGUUCUUGGUCUGGUCCGGGGGUUGCUCCAGAACUUGAAUGGCAGGCUGCGCAACCCAGUACGGGUCAACGAAGGUGAGCCGUCAAACUUAAUCAAUCAAGACUCUUUACACCGAAUGCCUAUCAUCCGGACAAAUCAACCAGGGCCUCCUCUGAACCAUUCAUCUUUUCUGACUAGAAGAAGACGGGUCGUUCAGCCCCGUCGUGUUCUCAGAUCUACUGGACUUUCUUCACAACAGUUUGUAAACAGGGAUCCGCUUUUCCCAGUUGGUGUAGCCAGUCGUCGUACACGCGACGGCGUGCGCACUUCCACUAUACCUUCAAAUUCCAACGAGGAUAACGACCCGCCUGUUGCCGAAGGAGAGUCUGAUACUUGA